AUGGAUGCCACCAGCAAGCCGCACCAGAUCCCCCCAGAGAUGGGAGUCUAUGCUGAAAAACACAGCAUCUUCCAGAUCAUGCAGAGCCUGAUGGAAGCUCUCCUCAUGUCCCGGCCUGCCAACCCCAUUGACUUCAUGAUAGAACACUUGAAGAAGGACAAUGAGGAGGUGCCCAGGGUCUUUAUCGUGGGACCCCCAGCCUCUGGGAAGACAACCAUUGCCCGCUGGAUUUGUAAGCACCUCAGUGCAAUAUACCUUUGCCCCGAGCAGCUCGUGCAUAGCAAACGGCUGAAGAGGGCCAAGGAGGCUAUGGCCCAUCAAACACAUGGGGAGAAGAUCCCCGAUGAGCUGUGGGCUUAUCUCCUGCAGGAGCGCCUGCGCAGUGUGGACUGUGAGAUGGAUGGGUGGGUGCUGGAUGGCUUCCCACAGACCAGGACACAGGCCCUGGAGCUCCAGACUCUGGGCAUUGUCCCCCGGCAUCUCGUGGUCCUUUAUGCCCCAGACACGGUGCUGAUAGAGAGGAACCUGGGAAAGCUUGUGGACCCCAUCACCCAGGAGGUAUACCACACCACGUUCGACUGGCCGGCAGACUUCACCGUGCAGAAGCGCCUGGUGAAGCCAGGAGACAUCUCAGAGCAAGCCACUGCUCGGCGGCUUUUGGAGAGCCACCGCCACAUCCCCGGCAUUAUCCAGACGUACCAGAACAACUACAAGGCUAUCAACGCUGACCAACCUUGCGCUGAUGUCUUUGCCCAAGCCCUACAUUUUGUGCAGAGCCGUCCACGGUCCAAUGCCCCUUUCACCCCCCGCAUCUUGCUCCUGGGCCCCCCGGGCAGUGGCAAAAGUUUGCAGGCAGCUCUGCUGGCCCAGAAAUAUGGGGUGGUCAACAUUUUCUUUGGGGACCUCCUGCGGGAGAAAGUGGCUGGGGGCACAGCCGUGGGCAACGUCAUCAAGCCCUUCUUUGAAAGAGGCUACCCUGUGAACGACAGCCUCGCCUUGCACGUCCUCAAGGAUCGGCUGGCUCAGGAAGACUGCCUGGCCUACGGCUGGGUGCUCCACGGCUUCCCUCGGGACGUGGACCAGGCAUCACUCUUCAAGCAGAUUGGCACUGAGCCCAACCGGGUCUUCUUCCUCAACCUGCCCACAGAGGUCGCCUUGCAGCGCAUCUGCCAGCGUGCCACAGACCCUGUCUCGGGGGAGAGGUACCACACCAUCUACAAGCCCCCUGUGGAUGAGGAAGUGCACCAGCGCCUGCGCCGGAACCCCAAGGACGCACCCAGCCAAGUGGAGAGGAAGAUGGACAUCUGCAACCAGCAGGUGGCCGACCUGGAGGAGCACUACGAGGGCUCAAUUUUUCUCAACGCAGACCAAGACCCGUACACCAUCUUUGAGUACAUUGAGAGCUGUCUGAUCAAGCCACUGCCAGUCGCGAAGCUGUGA